AUGGCAAAGACUAGGGGAGGUCUUUCCGCAUCCCCAUCCUCGCCGAUGCCUCGACGAGAGCAAUCCGCCAUUGGAGGCGCCUCUUCGCCACCUGCUCAAGACUCCACCGUUCCCCCAUCUGAGGGUGGAACGCCUUCUCAGCGCCGGUAUCCCACCAGGAGGCCACCCACUGACCCUGUGCCACUCGCCGCCAAAGGUAAGAGGCCUGCUCCUCGGCCACCUGCGAAGAGGACCAAGUUCUCGGGUCCUGAUGAGCCAUCCCAGUCACCUCAUGCAGAGCCGCCUACAGAGGACUCUCAGAUUCCCGUGGGGAUUCCUCUCGAGACCGUCAUCAGGCGUCCUAUGAUCGCAGGACCGCCUAUAGAGGGCAACCUGGAUUGUAGAGAUCGAUCUUUCCACUCAGAGACCUGGUUUGAUGUCGAGGCUCUCAGACAGCAGCCAGAGCUCAGGGAUUCAUUCCGUUUGCUGCAGAGGUAUCACAUAGAGCAUCUUCUCACCCCUAGGCAAUUCUAUUAUCCCAGAGGAGCCCCAGUUGUACCUCCACCUCAGGGAGCCCCAGAUAUGCCCCCACCUCCAGAGCUACCCCAAGAUGAGCAGCUACCUCAGGCCCAGCAGGAUGAGAUUCUCACUGACACUACACCUCCUGCCCCUACAGCACACACCUCAGUGCACAUGCCUGAGGCUACACUUCCUGCUUCUCCUAUCACUCAGCCAGCUCCACCAAGGCUUGGUGCACUCAUUGCAGAUCCUGAGCACCGCUCAGGAUUCUCUUAUCUAGCAAAUGGCCACUAUUCGUGCACACCAGGAUCAGAUCAUUGCUACUCAGACCCAGCAUACCAUGAUCCUUCAUCAGAUCUAGCAGCAUCUGAGUAUGCAGACACUUCCUGGGCAUGA